AUGGAAUUACUAGGUUUACUAGUGUUGGUAUUGGGCAUUAGCAUAAGGGCCAAUGGUGCAGUUUGUGAACUUUCUUGGAGAGAAAUCAGCAAUAUCAAUAGCAAAGGGCCAUACAUUGGUAUAGUGGUGCCAAAUGCCUUUGAGCUGAAUCCUCUUCUUAAUUCACCUAGCUUUGUGCCUCAUAGCAAGUUUCCUUACUUUGAUUUUGCCGGAAAACAUUUUCGCAUUGGUGUAUUGGAAAAUAAGAGGGUUAUAGUUGUUAUGACUGGAGAGGGAAUGCUGAAUGCAGGUGUUUCCACCCAAUUGUUGCUUACUCUAUUUGAUGUAGAAGGAGUUCUCCAUUAUGGUAUUGCAGGAAAUGCAAAUCCUAAACUCCAGAUUGGAGAUGUGACUAUUCCCCAAUAUUGGGCUCACACAGGACUUUGGCAUUGGCAGAGAUUAGGAGAAGAAAAUGGAGAUUUCAGCAAAAGAUUCGGUGAUCUUAAGUUCGCCGAUUACAAUAACUAAACAAAACAUUCUAAGUCAGAGACAAAUCUUUUGAACACAAUCUGGUAUCAACCAGAGCAAAUUUUUCCUGUGAAUGGUAUUCCUGAAGCUAAGCAAUUUGCUUUCUGGGUUCCAGUUGACAAGAAAUACUUCAAAAUUGCAAGAAAUCUUACGAAUAUUAACUUGGGCAGUUGUGUCAACACAACUUGCUUACCAAGAAAGCCUACUGUGGUGAGAGUAGAAAAAGGGGUUAGUGCCAGUGUGUUUGUUGACAAUAAGGCAUACAGAGAACUUUUGCACUCCCAAUUUGGUGCCACUCCCACUGAUAUGGAAAGCGCUGCAGUUGCUUUAGUAUGUCUACAACAAAACAAACCCUUCAUUGCUAUUAGAUCACUAUCUGAUUUAGCUGGUGGGGGGUCUGCAUUGUCCAAUGAAGUACCAGUGUUUGCCUCAUUAGCAUCCCAAAACGCAGUAGAUGUUCUUAUCAAAUUCAUCUCCCUGUUAACUUAG